AUGAAUAAAAGUGAACGCAAGGUCUGGGCUAUUGUAUCUGGGGCGUGCGGUGGUGUUGGGCGAGAGCUCACAAAGCGCCUAAGUGCCAUGGGAGUUUCCUUAAUUCUAACUGGGCGCGAUGCUACUGUUCUCGAUAGGCUCCGGCAUUCUGUUGAAAGCCCUGCAGUAUCGGUUAGGACAUGUGUAGUCGACUUCGAUUCCGAAACAUGGGAGCGUGAUUGUAGGACGGUCCUUUCGGCAAUUUCGGAAGAGAACCCGUCUAUCCUUCUUUUCUUCAGCAAUGCCGGAUAUGGGCUUUUUGAGCCAUAUGAGGCGACGCCCUUUUCCGAAAAGACAUCAUUUAUACAAUGCAAUGUUCAGCAACAUGUGUACUUGACUGAGCUGCUCCUCUCAUCACCCUUGAAAGAAAAAUUAGUCUAUGUCUGCUUUACUUCAAGCAUUGCCUCCUUGAUGCCUUUGCCAUACUUUGGCCUCUACCAUUCUGCAAAGGCAUUUUUGAAAGCAUACGCACAGGCCCUUGAAGAGACUGAAGAGGCAACGUGGAGUGAGACUUGCCCGUCCACUUCUAUCAAGCAGUCUGUCUCUCAACUUAUUGAGCCAACUGAUAAGAAAAUACGCACGCGAUUCCAUUACGUUAUGCCUCACAUUGUUAGUGGAACAUCUUUCUACACAGCCCCGACCGUCAAGCGAUCGAAAUCAGCCCUCUUGUUUUCCCUUCUCCGAAUUCCGCUCUUUAACACCACGCCUUCGAGAGUUGUAGAUGCUAUGCUCAACCCCACUGAGCGGCCCAUAGUGGGCCUUGGUGGCAUACUGUGGGCGUGGGCCUACAGGGUUCUGCGGGCUGCCUUCCAGUUCAGUGCUCGCAUGCGUUGCAAGUAA